AUGGCUGCAAUCAAUAAUGAAACUGCAAAUACAAGUGGAGCAGAAAAUGACAUUAAAAAUUCUUCAGUGUCUGAUUUCCUUUUUGUCCCAUGGCGUGAUAUCAUCUCAGCAGUGAAAGAUACUAAACCUUCUGGUCAACAAAAUUCUUCAGUUAUACUUCAUUAUACACAAAACAGAGCCAAUGGCACUUUGAGGCAAACAUCAUUAAGGAUUGAAGAGCUUGGUGAACAGGAUGAAAAAUGGAUAGAUCUACCAACAAAAUGGGCACCUGUUUUUGAAUUAGCUCAAAUAUCUACAACAGUAAUAGAAACAGAAAGACCCAAGCAUGCUUCAGAAAUUGGAGAGACUCAAGAUUUUUCCUUAUAUGAUGGAGUUGUAUUAGUUGGUGGUGAUGGGCUGUAUCAAGAGUUUCUACAAGGGCUCACAAUACAAACACAGAAAAAAGCUGGUGUCAACUACCCCAGUCCAGACACCAAGUUUGUUCCAACUCCAAUCCCCAUUGGGAUUAUUGCUGCAGGUUCAGGGAAUGGUAUUAGCCAUUGGAUUAAUGGUACCACUGAUUUUGAAACAUCCGCCUUAAACAUAGUUAGAGGUGAACAGCACAGAGGCCAGAUGUUUACAGUACACAGUGGUGAUAAAUUUGUUUGUGUCAGUGCCAUGAUGUUGGGCUAUGGGGUGUGGUCUGACCUGAUUGUAAGAGCUGAGGAGCUGAGGUGGAUGAAAAGGGCCAGAUAUGCUUAUGUCAUAAUUGCCUCAUUCUUCAAGAAGAAAAGGGUGUUCAAGUGUGAACUCACAUACUGUGUGUCAAAAGAUAAGAAAAACUGUGUUGAAACUGAUGGAGAUACAGCACGUGAACCAGAUGAAGAAUGGGUGACAAACACAAAAAGCAACAACUUUUGUGGUGUGUUCUGUGCAACACUUACUACAGUACCAGAUGGAGACAAAAGAGUUCUCAGUCCUUUUGGUACACAUAUCCAACUUGGCAUAGACACAGGAUAUGGCCAGCUUGCGAUGUUAAAGAACUUGUUUUAUGUUCCUCCAGAUGAAACAACUUCAUCAACCCCUGCGGCUAAUCUAGAAUUCAUACCUCAUGUGACUGCGUUUAAAAUCAAAUUGUUGAGAGACGAGUCUGAAGAAAACUUGACGCAAGCACAAGCUCAAACAAGAGAGAUGGAGAAAGUUUUGAACAUAGAUGGGGAAAUUGUUUAUGUGGACAACUCAGAGAUCAAUGUCAGACUUCAUUCAUCAUAUGCUGCCCUUUACGGACGUGAUAAAGUAAAUAUUUCAUUUUGGAGUUAGAGUUGGCUGGGGAGAAUUUAAUUAUUUCUUCUUAGUUUUGGAUUUAUUAUACACUUAUUUGUAACCCAUUUUUUUUAAAAUUGUAUCAUAGAGAUGCUGGAUAAGAUACAAAAUAGUCUAACUUAAAAAUCUGCAUUUACCGAGCAUAUUACUUGUGAUACGAUAGCAACAAAAAUGUUCAUAGAUUUUUAUAUUUUUUCUGAACCUGCCUUCCUUAUUGCACUUGACUUGGCUUUGUGCUGGUCACAGAGCCCAAUUUUUAUAACCUUGUAAACUCUACACCACAAAAAUAAAUUACCAAUUUGUUUUUAAAAAUAUAUAUAUUUACAGCAUGGUACAACUAGCAUGAAGCAGAUAACUUCUUUAAUUAAAAGCUAUAUUUUAAAUAGAUUUAUUUAUUCCAUUGACAAGAAAAUACUUGUACCUUGCUCAUUUAAGAUGAACAUUUGAGUUUUGUCUGUGUGUUGUAUAAUUAAUCAUUUCUGUAUAAUCAAUCAUUUUACAGUUUGUAUUAUGGAUCAAUAAGUGGCAUAUUUCCUUUGAUUAUUUGUUAACUUUCAAUACAAUACAGUGCAAUACAAUAUAUACAAUAUAUCCUAUCAAUUUUGGGCACAGUGUUGUUUUAUUUGUUGUUAGAAAGGUUUGUACUAUAAAUCUCCAAUAUUCCAUUCACUUGUCUUAAUGUAGAUGUUUUGAUCAAUUUUUUAACACCCUCAAUAUAUGUAUCAACUGCAUCAGUGUAAACAAAUUGUUUUUAAUGUGCUUAUUAACUAUUUUAUAAGUGUCCUUAAUUUUGUAUGAUAAUUUACAUCAUACUUUACACUUUUUCUGAUAUUUUUUAUUAAGUAUAUUUAUACAAGAUAUAUCAUAAUGUGUCAAUGAUGUUGAGAAUACCAUCUGAGUUGUUUUUUCCUGACAUUGUACUGCAAAUUAAAUAUUUAAAUUUUUUUUUAAAUUUUGUGCUGGUUCACAUUAAACUUGUAAUAGAUCUUAAGUAGAUUAUAUUUAAUGCUGCACAUAUUUACUUAUAUAUCUCU